AUGGCAACCACCAUUCACACUCCCCGUGACCCGAACACCCUCUCCAACUACUACAACUGGCGGACACUCCACACCUCCACUAGCUUGGAUAUUUUGUUCGACGAGCAGAAGUUGAAAGGCAGUGUUACUCACAGCUUAGAAUCCAUCACAGAUGGCGAUAGUGACGAAAUCUUGCUUGACUGCAGCCAUGUCCAGAUACAUGGCGUCAAGGCCGACGGCAAACCAGUCGAGUGGGAGUUGCUCAAACGGCUCGAGCCAUAUGGCAGCCCCCUGAAGAUCAAACUCCAACGUAAGCCGCACCUGAAGGAGAAGAUUGACAUCGAAAUCAACCUGGAAACGACGCCCUCGUGCACCGCCCUUCAGUGGCUGACGCCGGCCCAGACUUCCAGCAAGAAGCAUCCGUAUAUGUUUUCACAAUGUCAAGCCAUACACGCCCGAUCGAUCUUCCCAUGCCAAGACACCCCAGACGUCAAAGCAACAUUCGAUUUCCAGAUCAAAUCCCCGCUGCCGGUCAUUGCAUCGGGAAUCGGUGCGAAUGGCAAUCCAUCGUCCCCAUCCCACGACGGAUCCUCUCAACUCUUCAAAUUCCACCAGAAGGUGCCCAUUCCCUCGUAUCUGUUUGCUAUCGCCAGCGGUGACAUCGCGUCGGCCAAAGUUGGCCCUCGAAGUAUCGUUGCUACGGGGCCCGAUGAGCUCAAAGACUGCAGAUGGGAGCUGGAAGAGGAUACGGAAAAAUUCCUUCAAGCAGGUGAAUCACUCGUCUAUCCAUACGCUUGGGGUGAGUACAAUGUCCUGGUUCUCCCUCCAUCAUUCCCCUAUGGUGGCAUGGAGAACCCCGUCUACACUUUCGCCACACCUACAAUCAUCUCCGGAGAUCGACAAAAUGUCGACGUGAUCGCUCACGAAUUAUCCCAUUCCUGGUCUGGCAAUCUUGUCUCCAACGCCUCAUGGGAGCAUUUCUGGCUGAACGAAGGCUGGACAACGUAUCUUGAACGACGUAUCCAAGCCAUCGUACAUGGCGGCGACCAGUGGCGCGAUUUCUCAGCUGUGAUCGGGUGGAAGGCGCUCGAGCAAUCCAUCAAUGAGCAAUUUGGCGAGCAACAUGAGUUCACGAAGCUCGUUAUCGAUUUGAAGGGCAAGGACCCGGACGACGCGUUCUCAAGCGUCCCGUAUGAAAAGGGGUUCAUCUUCCUGUACUACAUUGAGAAACUGAUCUCAAAGGAGCAAUUCGAUAAAUUUAUCCCGCACUACUUUGAGACUUGGCGGGGCAAGUCACUCGAUAGCUACGACUUCAAGCAGACACUGCUCGAUUUCUUCAAACCCAACGGCACCGUUUCGCGAAAGCUAGCCACCAUCGACUGGAAUACCUGGUUCUACAAGCCAGGCUUCCCGCCCAAACCCGACUUUGACACAUCGCUCGCUGAUCAAUGCUACCGCCUCGCCGAUCAAUGGGAGAAAUUCACUGCGAACCCCAAUCCGGACUUUGGACCAAACAAAUUCGACAUUGAUGGCUGGUCGGCGAACCAAAUUGUUGUGUUUCUCGAGAAAUUGCUCACGUUUGCAGACAAAUUGCCCCAGCCGCACGUCAACUACAUGGGCUUCAUCUACGACCUGAAGGAGACGAGAAAUGUCGAGAUAUCGGCGCGGUACUACCAAGUUGCGAUGAAGGCCGGAGACUGGACGAUCAAAGGAUUCGUCACGAAGCUCCUGGGCAAGGUGGGUCGGAUGAAGUUUGUCCGGCCGUUGUACAAAGGAUUGAUGAAGAUGGAUUAUGAGCUGGCGGUGGACACGUUUGAGAGAAACAAAGACUUUUACCAUCCGAUUUGCAGAGGCCUGGUGGCGAAGGAUCUAUUUGGGAGUAAACAAGAAAAGAAGUAA